AUGGCAGGUUCCAGCAACAACAACAAGACGGAAGGCACCGGCCCGACCGUAGAGGUCAAUGGCCGUCAUCCACACGCCGAGACGCCUGCUGAAGAGGCUGCCAUCACUACAGCCAUUCACCAGAUUGAGGCCAAGAAGGUUCAUUGGUAUUCCUAUCUGUCGACUUGGGAUUUUUGGCUGGUUCUCAUUAUCGGUCAAGUCCUCGCUCUUUGCAUUACUGGCACCAACACGUUUACCACUCUGCUGGUCAUGGAGAACUGGUCCAUCCCGGCUCUGCAGACGAUUUUCAACUACCUCCUCUUGUCGCUCAUCUACGUGCCCUUGACGCUGUAUAAGCUUGGGCCGAAAAAACUGGGCAGUAUCAUCUUCCGCGACGGCUGGAAGUACUUCAUCCUGAGCUUUUUGGACGUGCUCGGCAACUACUUCACCGUCUUGGCGUAUCGAUACACCAAUCUGCUUUCGGCUCAGCUGCUCAACUUUUGGUCCAUUGUCUGCGUGGUAAUCAUCUCCUUUGUCCUGCUCAAGGUCCGCUACAAGCCAUUCCAGAUUGCAGGGAUCCUGAUUGCUUGCGGAGGCAUGGGUCUUUUGCUGGGCAGCGACCACAUCCAGGGAACCAACGGCGGUCCCGGUGUGGACCUGCUCAAGGGCGAUCUCUUCGGGCUCCUCGGCGCAACCCUGUACGGUAUCUCCAACGUCUUCGAGGAGUGGUUCGUCAGCAAGCGUCCCAUGUACGAGGUGCUGUCGUUCCUAGGAGUCUUUGGUGUCAUCAUCAACGGAGUUAUUGCCGCCAUCUUCGAUCGCGAAAGCUUUACGGGUUCAACCUGGGACGGCAACGUUGCUGGUUAUAUUGUCGGGUACACGUUAGUUCUGACGAUAUUCUACUCGCUGGCCCCGCUCAUCCUUCGUAUGGGCUCCGCCGCCUUCUUCGAUAUCUCGUUGCUCACCGGAAACUUCUGGGGCACUGCCAUUGGCAUCCAGGUCUUCGGCUACACUAUUUACUACCUGUAUCCGAUUGCGUUCGUGCUUAUCGUCAUUGGUCUGGUCACUUACUUCCUGGCCGGUAGCAUGCUUGGUGACUCCAAGAAGCCGUGGUUGGGAGAGAAUCAGGAAGACGGUGUCGCGGGGUUCGGAACAGCUAAGCUCAAGGCUCUCAAUCUGGCAAGGAAGCAGGGUUUUGCUGCUUCGGAAAGUGAUAGAGUGUAA